AUGAUCCCCCCCGAGCCGCAGCCGCACCAGCCGCCGCCGCCAGCCCCGCCGAACCAUGUGGUGACCACCAUCGAGAACCUGCCGGCCGAGGGCAGCGGCGGCGGAAACCUGUCUGCCUCCUCCCGGGCCGGCGUGCGCCAGAGGAUCCGCAAAGUGCUGAACAGGGAGAUGUUAAUCUCUGUGGCUCUAGGCCAGGUGUUAUCCCUCCUUAUUUGUGGAAUUAGCUUGACCAGCAAGUACCUGUCAGAAGAUUUCCAUGCCAAUACACCAGUCUUCCAGAGUUUCCUCAAUUACAUUCUUCUCUUCUUGGUCUAUACCACCACACUAGCUGUCAGACAAGGAGAAGAAAACCUCCUGGCAAUUUUACGACGAAGAUGGUGGAAAUACAUGAUCCUGGGACUGAUAGACUUGGAAGCAAACUAUCUGGUGGUCAAGGCUUACCAGUACACGACUCUGACCAGCAUCCAGCUCCUGGACUGCUUUGUGAUCCCAGUGGUGAUCUUGCUCUCCUGGUUCUUCCUGCUGAUCCGGUACAAGGCUGUGCAUUUCAUCGGCAUCGUUGUCUGCAUCCUGGGAAUGGGCUGCAUGGCGGGUGCGGACGUGCUCAUGGGCAGGCACCAGGGAGCAGGGGAAAAUAAGCUGGUGGGGGAUCUCCUGGUCUUAGGAGGAGCCACACUGUAUGGUAUCUCUAAUGUCUGGGAAGAAUACAUCAUCCGAACUCUGAGCCGAGUGGAAUUCCUGGGAAUGAUUGGACUCUUCGGGGCAUUUUUCAGUGGAAUUCAGUUAGCGAUAAUGGAGCACAAGGAGCUGUUGAAGGUGCCCUGGGACUGGCAAAUAGGACUGCUCUACGUCGGCUUUAGCGCCUGCAUGUUUGGUCUCUACAGCUUCAUGCCCGUGGUCAUAAAGAAAACCAGCGCCACGUCGGUCAACCUCUCCCUGCUCACCGCAGAUCUGUACACCUUGUUCUGCGGGUUGUUUCUCUUCCAUUACAAGUUUUCAGGACUGUAUCUCCUGUCUUUCUUCACCAUCCUCCUCGGGCUGGUGCUCUACUCGUCCACCUCCACGUACAUAGCCCAGGACCCCCGGGUUUACAAGCAGUUCCGCAACCCUUCGGGACCCGUCGUGGACUUACCAGCCACAGCUCAGGUGGAGCCUUCGGUCACCUACACCAGCCUGGGCCAGGAGACCGAAGAUGAGCCCCAUGUGCGCGUGGCCUAG